UUCGGCUACUUUCACUGCAUUAGAAAUAGAAAUGAGGCAGAUAUAAACGGAGUGGUUCUGUGUUUGAGUAUCACUUUUGAUUUGUGGUAAAAUCGCUGUUUUAUCUAAAGGAGCGGCAAAAUGGAGGUCUGCGGUCUAGUGACUGAGAAAAAUGAGCCAGUGCCUCUGAAGAGCAUCUCGGUGGAGGUUCUGGUUCAGGAUCAUGUCUCCACAGUCUCCUCCACUCUGCAGUAUGUGAAUGAGGAAGAGCGCCCCCUGGAGGCCUUGUUCGUCUUCCCUCUGCCUGCUGAUGCUGCUGUCUGCCACUUCAGUGCCAAGAUCGGAGAGAAGGAGAUUGUGGCAGAGGUGCAGGACAGAGAAAGCGCCAGGGAUCAGUAUGAUGACGCUGUGAGUUCGGGUCAGCAGGCGUUUCUGUUGGAAGAGAGCGCAGAGAGUCCUGAUGUGUUCAGACUGAGUGUCGGGUGUCUGUCUGCGGGUCAGAACGCUGCCGUCACCAUCAUCUACGUCACCGAGCUCUCUGUGCAGGACGACCACUCGCUGCGCUUCUGUCUGCCGGCUGUACUCAACCCCCGAUACAGUCCAGCAGGUUCAGCUGCUGGUAUAGUCUCAGAGAUUUCAUCGGGAGCUGUUCCCUACACGCUGACUCUCGGUGUUCAUGUGAGCUCUCCAAAGCCCAUCUCCAAACUAGAGUCCAACUGCACUCUGGGUCCUCUGGUGUUCCUCCGCUCUGAUCACACUCAGGCUACGGUGAACCUGAGUCCUGGUCACAUGUUUGAUAAGGACUUUGAGCUGUUUGUGUACUAUCAGGAUACCCAUCAGCCCUCUGCUGUAGUGGAGGCAGGAGUGACCACUGCCCCGCCAGGUUCUCUGAUGAGGGACACAGUGGUCAUGAUAAGUUUGUACCCAGAGUUCCCAGAGGAAGUGAUGAAAUCACUGGCAACUCGAGGCGAGUUUGUUUUUGUGAUUGACAGAUCAGGCAGUAUGGACUGUGUGAUGCAUCAUGGGGAAGGAGCACAGAUGCGCAUUGAAAGUGCAAAGGACACUCUGCUGUUACUCUUGAAGAGUCUGCCCAUGGGAUGCUACUUCAAUAUCUACGGAUUUGGCUCUGAUUUUGAGUCCUUCUUCCCUAAAAGUGUUGAGUACAAUCAGGACACAGUUGAUCAGGCUCUGAAGAGAGUGAAGGAAAUGCAAGCAGACAUGGGCGGCACAGAGAUAUUACAGCCUCUAAAUCACAUCUACAGUCAGCCCUGUUACCCCGAUCACCCCAGACAGCUGUUCAUCUUCACUGAUGGAGAGGUGUCUAACACUAAAGAGGUUCUGGACCUGGUGAAAAGUCACGCUCACUCUCACAGGUGUUUCUCAUUCGGGAUUGGUGAGGGUGCGAGUGCCGCCCUCAUCACAGGAAUGGCCAGGGAGGGAUCUGGUCACGCUCAGUUCAUCACAGACAGCGACCGCAUGCAGCCCAAAGUGAUGCAGUCUCUCAGGUUUGCUCUGCAGCCCGCUGUGCUUAAUAUCUCUGUGGAUUGGACGCUUCCAGACGGUGUUACUGUUGACACGCUGUCUCCACCCUUCAGUGUGCUCUUCCAGGGUCAAAGGGCACUCAUUUAUGCCCAACUUAAAGGAGAGAGUUCAGGAGUCUCUGAGGGAACAGUGACAGUCAAAUACAGUCUUAAAGAUCAACCGGUAACAAACCAGCUCCACUUCCGCCUCAAACCAACUGAAGAAACAGGGUUGUCCAUUCACCGGCUGGCGGCUCGGACCCUGAUCCGUUCUCUGGAGCAGGAGGAGAGGUCCGGUCCUGCAGAUGCUGAGGGCAUCAGGAGCAGGAUGGUGGAGCUCAGUGUUCAGUCAGGAGUGAGCAGUGUUCAUACAGCCUUCAUUGCUGUGAAUAAAGACAGCAGACAGACUGUGAAAGGACCCCUGCUGCAGAGAAGAGUGCCGACAAAUGGUUUGUCUUUUGUUAUUGCCCAUAUGGAUGCAAAUUAUGACCGCAUAACAGUCCACGGGUCAAAAUUAUCUGCACUUUGUGUAGAUGAACAGUCAUUUCAUGCUUCAAAGAUGCAGGGUGUGAUAUCGUUCCCUGAGCGGACGUUUGUAAAAAUGUCCAGUUGGGUACCAGAAGGGAUCAAGAACUUUUUCCACCGUGGAUCUGCGACUACGACUCCCUCGUCUUAUCAGACAGACUCUGAAAACAAGAAUAGACAUGCUCCUGAGCCCCCGAAGGACGCUCUUCUUCAGCUGGUUUCUCUCCAGAAGGCGUCCGGCUGCUGGGAUCUGGACGAAGCACUGGCUGAUGUGUUUGGGAAGACGGAGGAUGAGCUGACCGAUCAGAAACCAGCACAGGUGGAUGGGUCAGUAUGGGUCACUCUCCUGGCUCUGAUCUGGUUAUACGGCUGUAAAAUAGAGCAGCAGGUGGAGUGGCAGUUUGUGGCCAUGAAGGCAGCGUCAUGGAUCGGCUCUCAGAAAGUGGGAGAUCUGUCUCAGUGUGUGUGUGCGGGGAAUGUCCUGCUCGGAUGUCAGGUGACCAAAGAGACUCUGGGAAUCUGAAGACAUCAGCGUUUCUCCGAAGCGGACUGGCCAUCGCGAGCACGGGGAAAAUUUUACACUAUAUAGUUUGACCAUGUAUUUUUAGUGAAACUCUAAUCAUACAAAUGGAAAAAAUACUUCAGUAAUUUAAGUGAGUACAAAUCUUAAUGUUUAAGCAGCGAUAUUUAAUUGUGUGCUUCUAAUUUUAUAGCAACAAUUUGGACAGGACAAGUCAAAACAAAGUCCUAAUCCCAGCUAAACACCAAAUGCAGACCUUGUGCCAAAAACUAAAGUGUUGGGACACCGCCUUCUUUAGAACAGAAAAAUGCACAAAACUGUGGCAACAAAGAUGGAUAUAUAAUUGAUACGUUUCAAAAUUGUAUUUUCAUAUUUGUUGAAGCAGUUUUGGAAAUGUCUAAAAUGACCGCAGCCGUAUGUACGAGUUUUUUGACUGUUUGGUCUGGUGGUCGCAACAGAUUCUGCAAACCAGUAGAGUUCUUCCACACUGACACAGUCAUUUCUUUUCGAACCUUGCCUUAUACACAGAGGCAUUGUCAUAUUAAAAUAGAAAAGGGUCCUGUUUAAAUUGUUGCUAUGAAAGUAGAAGCGCACGAUACCCUAGAAUAUUGCUGUAUGUGUAAACAUGAAGAUUUGUUCUCAUCAAAAUUGCUAAAGUAGUCAAACCUGUUCAUUAGAAGGGGGUUGUCCCGGUACUUGUGCAAACAAAUUACAGUCAGGUGGUUGUUUUUUAACGAGGUGGAGAUGUGUUGAUGAAAAUAAAAUUGUGAAAAUAGUAAACACACAUAUAAGGGGGAGAGAGAGAUUAAAAAAGGAAAAUCAAGUUCUAAUGCAGUGCCUUGAUUUAUUUUGCACUGCCUCAGUCUAGGGAUUUAAACUUUUUUUAUGUGAUAAUGACAAUGGUUGUACAAGAAAUAUUGUUGCCCGUGGUUUCAAAAUGUAUUGUGGGUUUAUGGGAUGGCCUGGAUGAGUGUGAGAUUUCCCAGCCUGUAAUUUUACCCCAGUCCGCCCCUGGUCCUUCUACAUCCUCCUCUGUCAGAAGACCAAAGAACAGAUACUGUUACAUUUACUGUUAAUCCGCUACUUGUUUCAUUAACAUUUAGUCCAUUUUAUUUGCUUAAAUCUUCAGUAAAUUCUGAAUAUAUGUGACUUGCACCAUUUAAGUUUUAUCUGCUAAUAUCUACUAGUAUUUGUUUAGUAAUUAUCAAUAUUGACAUUAUCGACCUUGUAUAAGUGUCUGCCUGCAGGUAACAGUUUUAGAAAAGCUUAUGUGGAAAACAGUUGAAAUCCUCGGAAAGGUAAUAUGUUGCAGACAUGAGGGUGUCUCUCAGUGGCCUCAUGGUUGAAUAAGAAGGGAGAACCCAUUUUGUUUUCUUAUCUUAAAUGUAUUACAGACAUCUUCAAAAGCUGCUAUAAGUGUUUUGUUAUCUCCCUGCUCGGCUCUUUACACUGAUUGAUCAUCACUGUAGAGAAUUUAAAGCAAUAAAAAGACAAAC